AUGGCUACCGACAAGGGACUCGAGGAUGUUCCCGAGGGACACAUCGAGUCCAACUACGAUGAGACUGUUGACUCUUUCGAUGACAUGAACCUCAAGUCUGAGCUUCUCCGUGGUAUCUACGCCUACGGUUUUGAGCGUCCCUCUGCUAUCCAGAUGCGCGCUAUCAUGCCCGUCAUCAAGGGCCACGAUGUCAUUGCCCAGGCCCAGUCUGGUACUGGCAAGACGGCUACCUUCUCCAUCUCCACCCUUCAGAAGAUCGACCCUGCUGUCAAGCAGUGCCAGGCUCUCAUCCUUGCUCCCACCCGUGAGCUGGCCCAGCAGAUCCAGAAGGUCGUCGUCGCCAUUGGUGACUUCAUGAACAUUGAGUGCCACGCCUGCAUUGGUGGUACCUCUGUCCGUGACGACAUGAAGGCCCUCCAGGACGGCCCCCAGGUCGUCGUCGGUACCCCCGGCCGUGUCCACGACAUGAUCCAGCGUCGCUUCCUCAAGACCGACUCCAUGAAGAUGUUCGUUCUCGACGAGGCCGAUGAGAUGCUUUCUCGCGGUUUCACCGACCAGAUCUACGACAUCUUCCAGCUCCUUCCCCAGUCCACCCAGGUUGUCCUGCUCUCUGCUACCAUGCCCCAGGACGUUCUCGAGGUCACCACUCGCUUCAUGCGCGACCCCGUCCGUAUCCUGGUCAAGAAGGACGAACUCACCCUGGAGGGUAUCAAGCAGUUCUACAUUGCUGUUGAGAAGGAGGAGUGGAAGCUCGACACCCUCUCUGACCUGUACGAGACUGUCACCAUCACCCAGGCCGUCAUCUUCUGCAACACCCGCAGAAAGGUCGACUGGCUCACCGACAAGCUCACUGCCCGUGACUUCACCGUCUCCGCCAUGCACGGUGACAUGGACCAGGCUCAGCGUGACCUGAUCAUGAAGGAGUUCCGUUCCGGCUCCUCCCGUGUCCUGAUCGCCACUGACCUUCUGGCCCGUGGUAUCGAUGUCCAGCAGGUCUCCCUCGUCAUCAACUACGACCUUCCCGCCAACCGCGAGAACUACAUCCACCGCAUCGGUCGUGGUGGUCGUUUCGGUCGUAAGGGUGUCUCCAUCAACUUCGUCACCGCUGAGGACGUCCGUAUGAUGCGUGAGAUUGAGCAGUUCUACAGCACUCAGAUCGAGGAGAUGCCCAUGAACGUUGCCGACCUCAUCUAA